AUGGCAGUAAUCAAUGAGAGCCAUCCUGAAGCAUUUAUUCUUCUUGGCUUUGCUGACCGUCCUUGGCUGGAGCUCCCUCUGUUCAUUAUUCUUCUGGUAACAUACCCCAUGGCCAUGAUGGGGAAUGUCACCAUCAUUCUGGUUUCCAAGUUAGAUCCCCGUCUCCACAGCCCCAUGUAUUUCUUUCUCACCAACCUCUCCUUUCUGGACAUGUGCUACACCACAAGCAUUGUGCCUCAGAUGCUGUUUAAUCUGGGAAGCUCCAGAAAGACCAUCAGCUACAUGGGGUGUGCAGUUCAGCUUUAUGUCUUCCACUUAAUGGGAGCAGCAGAAUCUCUCCUCCUUGCUGUUAUGUCUUUUGACCGCUAUGUUGCCAUCUGCAGACCUCUGCAUUACACCCUCAUCAUGAAUCAACGUGUCCGCAUCUUAUUAGUGUCCACUGUAUGGAUGAGUGGGAUUUCCUAUGCUUUCUCAGAGGCCACUGUUACAUUACAGUUGCCACUGUGUGGCUCUAAAAAGCUAAAUCACUUGUUGUGUGAAAUUCCAGUUCUGAUAAAGACUGCCUGUGGUGAAAAGGAGGCUAAUGAGCUUGCACUCUCAGUGGUGUGCAUUUUUAUGCUAGCUGUUCCUCUAUGCCUAAUUCUUGCCUCUUAUACUAGUAUUGGAUAUGCUGUAUUUAAGAUGAAAUCUGAGGGAAGGAAAAAGGCCUUGGGGACAUGUUCCUCUCAUCUCAUUGUAGUUCUCUUAUUUUAUGGCCCAGCCAUUAGCAUGUACCUUCAGCCCCCCUCCUCCAUCACAAAGGACCAGCCCAAGUUCAUGGCUCUCUUCUAUGGAGUGGUGACUCCCACACUGAAUCCCUUUAUUUAUGCCCUGAGGAAUAAAGACAUGAAGGGGGCAUUGGACAACUUGGUGAGAAUCAUUUUCAAUUCAGGUAGACAGCAAAUGAAAUUAUUUAACAAUUAG